GAGUGCCGACGUGCCACAAACAUCACAUGUGCAAGUGUGUAUGUGUUAUUUACUUCUGCUUCUGCUACAGUCACGUUCGCCUUUAGGUCGGAAACUGUGCGCUCCAAAAAUUUUCUCAGCAGUUGAAACAAGAUUCUCCUAUUUCAAGAUGAUAACCUUGAGAGGUAAAUUUAAAAAAGACAGUGGUGUGUCAAAUUCUAAGUCUCAAGAUGCAACGGGGAAACGUAUUUCCAUUCGUGACAAGUUACUCAUAAGAGAAGUGCAAGAAAUGGAACAAACACUUCCCUUAACUUGCCAAGCGACGUUUAAUAACCCAAACUGUCUGUACGAGUUUACCCUAACAAUCGAACCAGAUGAAGGCUAUUGGGCUGGGGGUCGGUUUCACUUUCAAAUAUAUAUUCCAGAAGAGUACAACAUGCUGCCACCAACAGUCAAGUGUUUGACAAAACUAUGGCAUCCUAACAUCAACGAAGAUGGCGAGGUGUGCUUGUCUAUUCUAAGGCAAAACAGCAUCGAUGGAAUGGGAUGGGCUCCUACAAGAAAAUUAAAAGAUAUUGUUUGGGGCUUGAAUUCUUUGUUCACGGAUCUACUGAAUUUUGAUGAUCCUCUGAACAAAGAUGCUGCAGACUUGUUUUCAAAGAACAAAGAAUUAUUUAGUAUUAAAGUUAAAGAAUAUGUUUUACAAUAUGCCAAAAGAUGAUUGAAGUUUACAAUCUUCACAUGCCUAAUAACUGUGGAUUUGUAGGAUGUGUUAUUUUUCUUACAACUGUCAUCGACAUAAAGGUGAUAACAAGAAGGCACGAGAAUCCUAGUGAGCCGUGUAAGAGAGACUUAUUUUCAUAUUGCUCUUCUUUUUUAUUUUUCAUUAUUUCAAAGCAUUAAAAAGUCUUAGAAAAUGAAUACAAAACAUAACUUUUACAAACUAUACCUACAUUUUUUUUUUUUUUUUUGUUUCUAAUAACUGUAGUUUUUAUGGUUUGAAGAAUUAAUAAUAUCGUAAUAACACGAAUAAAAUCAAUUGUCGGAAACUAAUAUUAAAAAUUUGUAAAAAAGUAUAACUAUUAGCUGUAAAGAUGCGUUCAAGAUUUGAAUAUUGUGUUGCAAGUAGUAAAAAUAAUGUUCCAUUGCAGCUUGAGA